GUUUGUAGUUUUUUUUAAUUAGCGUGAAUUAGCAUUGAUGGCGGACGAAGUUGCUGUUGCUGUUUGUGACAUGAACUCUGUCGGUAACCCGACAGAAAUCGCUAUGGCGUAUUUACAAGACGAGAAACCAGAUGGAGACAUUGUCGACCUCAACCUGGAGGAACUGGACCUCACCACUGAUGAGUUUAUCUUGGAUGAAGUAGACAUUCAUAUCCAGGCCAAUCUGGAAGAUGACCUAGUGAAGGAGGCACUCAAAACGGGUGUUGACCUCCGGCAGUACUCCAAACAGGUGGAGAUGGAGCUUCAAAGGAUCGAACAGGCCUCCAUCAAAGACUACAUCAAGGAGAGUCAGAACAUCGCUCUCCUGCACAACCAGAUCACAGCCUGCGACUCCAUCCUGGAGCGCAUGGAGGGCAUGCUGAGUGGGUUUCAGAGCGACUUGUCCUCGAUUAGCAGUGAGAUCCAGACUCUGCAGCAGCAGUCAGUCAGUAUGAACAUCCGGCUGAAGAACAGGCAGGCCGUACGCAGCCAUCUCAGCCAGCUGGUGGAUGAGCUUGUGGUGCCAGGAGCUAUGAUCUCCACCAUCAUGGACAGCCCUGUGACAGAGCAGGAGUUCCUGGAGCAGCUCCAUGAGCUCAACAACAAGAUAAACUUCACCAAAGAGCUGAGCUUCAGAGAGACGUUGGCUUGCUCUGACAUCCAGGACAUCGUUGACCGCCUCAAGCUCAAGGCAGUGUCAAAGAUCAGAGAGUUUAUCCUGCAGAAAAUCUACUCCUUCAGGAAGCCCAUGACCAACUACCAGAUCCCUCAGAACACACUGCUCAAAUACAGAUUUUUCUACCAGUUCCUGUUGGCCAACGAGAGAACAGUUGCAAAGGAGAUCCGAGACGAGUACGUGGACACGAUGAGCAAGAUUUACUACAGCUAUUUCAAGUCAUACAGUGGCAGGCUGCUCAAAGUGCAGUACGAGGAGGUGGCAGACAAAGACGACCUGAUGGGAGUAGAAGAUACAGCCAAGAAAGGUUUCUUCUCCAAACCCUCUCUGAAAAGCAGGAACACAAUCUUCACUCUGGGCCAGAGGGGGGCGAUACUGAGUCCAACAGAACUGGAAGGUCCAAUUCUUGUACCACACACAGCUCAGAGAGGAGACACCAGGUACCCUUAUGAGACGCUGUUUCGCAGCCAGCACUACGCUCUGCUAGACAACGGCUGCAGGGAGUAUCUCUUCCUGUCUGACUUCUUCAUGGUGGCAGGAAAUUCGGCUCUGGACCUCUUCAACAGUAUCAUGGGAGGAAAAACUCUCAGCAUGUUCCUGAAGAGCAUGUCCACUUACGUAUCAGACUGCUAUGACAGCAUCGCCAUCUUCCUGUGCAUCCACAUCAUCCUGAGGUUCAGAGCCAUCACCGCCAAGAGGAACAUCCCCGCUCUGGACAAGUACUGGGAGGCUGUGUUGGAGCUGCUGUGGCCGAGGUUCGAGCUGAUUCUAGAGAUGAACAUCCACAGCAUCAGAAACACAGACCCUCAGAAACUGGGCAUCCUGGACACCAGACCACAUUAUAUUACACGUCGUUACGCAGAGUUCUCCUCAGCCAUUGUGAGCAUCAACCAGACCUUCCCCAAUGAGAGAACCAACAUCCUGCUGGGACAGCUGCAGGUGGAGGUAGAAAACUUUGUGCUGAAGAUGGCAGCAGAGUUUCCAUCCAGGAAAGACCAGCUCAUUUUCCUCAUCAACAACUACGACAUGAUGCUCAGCGUCCUCAUGGAGAGGGCAGCAGACGACAGUAAAGAGGUGGAGGGGUUUCAACAGCUGCUCCUGGCCAGGACACAGGAGUUUAUCGAGGAGAUUUUGUCUUCUCCCUUCGGAGGGAUGAUUGCCUUCGUGAAGGAUGCAGAGGCGUUGAUGGAGAAAGGACAGCUGGACCGACUAAAGAAUGAAGAAGCUCGGAUCACUCAGCUGGUUCGAGGUUUCUCAGUGUCGUGGAAACAGUCUGUGGAGUUGAUGAGUCAGGACGUCAUGAGGUCCUUCACCAACUUCAAAAAUGGAACCAGCAUCAUCCAGGGAGCGCUAACACAGCUGAUCCAGUACUACCACGGCUUCCACAAGAUCCUGAACCAGCAGACAUUCCGCAGCCUGGCUGUGCGAUCUGAGCUCAUCAACCUGCACCAUCUGAUGGUCGAGGUCAAGAAGCACAAGCCCAACUUCUAAUGGCACCCAAGAGUUCGUGGCGCCCACAGGACGGACCACUCAGUGCUGUUCCUGUGAAGCACA